GAUCUCUGAAAUCACUCAGUGAGCAACCCUAAUUAACCUGAUUUUUUGCCGAUAAUCACUCUCAAUGGAAUCAAAUCACAAAUCCGGGGAUGGAUUGAGCGGCACCCAGAAGGAAGCAGCCCUUCGCGCAUUGGUCCAGCGCACAGGAUAUAGCUUGGUCCAGGAAAACGGACAAAGAAAAUAUGGCGGACCUCCACCUGGCUGGGAUGCCGCACCCCCAGAAAGGGGCUGUGAAAUUUUUAUUGGGAAACUUCCCCGAGACCUUUUUGAGGAUGAACUUAUACCAUUAUGUGAAAAAAUUGGUAAAAUUUAUGAAAUGAGAAUGAUGAUGGAUUUUAAUGGCAACAAUAGAGGGUAUGCAUUUGUAACUUUCUCAAACAGACAAGAAGCCAAGGAUGCAAUCAAGCAACUUAACAACUAUGAAAUUAGAAAUGGACGUCUCUUAGGGGUGUGCACCAGUGUGGACAACUGCAGGCUGUUUGUUGGGGGGAUCCCCAAGACCAAAAAGCGUGAAGAGAUCCUAGCAGAGAUGAAGAAGGUCACCGAGGGAGUCGUCGACGUCAUCGUCUACCCGAGCGCCGCAGACAAAACCAGAAACCGAGGCUUUGCCUUCGUGGAGUAUGAGAGUCACCGGACAGCUGCCAUGGCCCGAAGGAAGCUGCUGCCAGGCAGAAUUCAGUUAUGGGGACAUCCUAUCGCAGUAGACUGGGCAGAGCCAGAAGUAGAAGUUGAUGAGGAUACAAUGUCUUCAGUGAAAAUCCUAUACGUGAGGAACCUGAUGCUCUCUACUUCUGAAGAGACGAUUGAGAAAGAAUUCAACAAUAUUAAACCAGGCGCUGUGGAGAGGGUAAAGAAAAUCCGAGACUAUGCUUUUGUGCAUUUCAGUAAUCGGGAGGAUGCAGUUGAGGCUAUGAAAGCUUUAAAUGGAAAGGUGCUAGAUGGCUCUCCCAUUGAAGUGACCCUAGCCAAACCAGUGGACAAGGACAGUUACGUUAGGUACACCCGAGGCACUGGAGGAAGGGGCGCCAUGCUGCAAGGAGACUACACCUACUCGUUGGGCCAUGUUUAUGAUCCCACCACAACCUACCUUGGAGCUCCUGUCUUCUAUGCCCCUCAGGCCUAUACAGCAAUUCCCAGCCUUCACUUCCCAGGCACCAAAGGACAUCUUGGCAACAGGGCCAUUAUCCGAGCCCCUUCUGUUAGAGAAAUUUACAUGAAUGUACCUGUAGGGGCUGCGGGAGUAAGAAGACUAGGCGGCCGUGGCUAUUUGGCCUACACAGGCCUGGGUCGUGGAUACCAGGUCAAAGGAGACAAGAGAGAAGACAAACUCUACGAUCUUUUACCUGGGAUGGAGCUCACCCCAAUGAAUCCUGUCGCUUUAAAACCCCAGGGAAUUAAACUUGCUCCCCAGAUACUAGAAGAAAUUUGUCAGAAAAAUAACUGGGGACAACCGGUAUAUCAGCUACACUCGGCCAUUGGACAAGAUCAAAGGCAACUAUUCUUAUACAAAGUAACCAUUCCUGCCCUGGCCAGCCAGAAUCCUGCGAUCCACCACUUCACACCUCCUAAGCUAAGUGCCUAUGUGGAUGAAGCCAAGACCUACGCAGCUGAGCACACCCUUCACACCCUGGGCAUCCCCACCGAUGGGGCCGAUGCCCCCACCGCUGCUGCUGCUGCUGCUGCCACUGCUUUCCCAGGGUAUGCUGUCCCUAAUGCAAGUGCACCCGUGUCCGCAGCCCAGCUCAAGCAGGCGGUGACCCUUGGACAAGACUUAGCAGCAUAUACAGCAUAUGAGGUCUACCCCACUUUUGCAGUGACUGCCCGAGGGGAUGGAUAUGGAGCCUUCUGAAGAUAUCUUUCUUUUAAUUUAAGAAUAAGACACACACAACUCUAUCUAGAAGAAAUAAACCUCUCACUCGGUUUCCUUCUGAUCACAAGUAAUACUUUUCCUAAAGUGAUGCCUUU